CGAGGCGGCCGUGAAGAAGAAGAGGAAUGAUAAGGGGGUGGAGCCCCCCACCAAGAAGCAGAAAGCCGCUGGGGGCACUGUCGAGGGGGCGGCCCCCCUCAUAGUUAUUGAUGACACGCCCGCCGCUGAUGGGCCCCUGGCCUCGGUCACCCCGAGGGCUCUGGUGAAUCCAUCCCCGGAGGAAUUACCCCGGGAGGUCCGUCAGCUCUCCUUUGCCCCCGACGCUUCACUGAUGCACGGCACUGCCGAGCCGAGGGCCUUCCUGCGGGGCAUCACCUCGAAGAUGGACAGGGAAGUCUUCGAGACCUACGACGAUGAUGCCCUUCGAGAACAGGAUCCUCCGGUCCUCUCUCACUGCCUGCAUAGCCCUCGGGGAACAGGCCCGGAG